AUGGACGUCCAUUCCAUUCAGGGCCGUAGUGGAUAUGAAAUACAACAUAUCCAAAUCAAAAGCGAUAAUUCCGCCGGGAAGGGGUUACAUUGUGGUGUCAAAGUCAAUGAGUUGAGGCAACGGAGCGGUGCAAAGCGGUGCAAGAUCAACAAAGUAAAUUAA